CGAUCCUGACAUACCUCUUUCGCUUCCUUCACUUUCAUGACAUUCCUCAUACACGCUCGUCGGUUUAGGGUGCUCUUGACCUGGCCUUUCUUCAGGAUUUCCCCGAUUUGAUCAGAGAAAGUCCGCCGAGGUCUACCCCUUAAUAAUUUCAUAUAUAUCUAUGCUUCACUGACGAAUCAUCUUGUAGUUUCGUUAAAAGUAGUUCAUUGACCUGAGUCCCAUCUAUUCAACUCACGCCAUCUAUAGUUUGGCAAAUGGCAAGCCAUUUCCAUUCCGUCAGUAGAAAGGGGGCAAACUUAAAAAAAUUAAGCGCUAAAGGUUGUCUUCCCAUAGAAAAUUUUAAUUUCGCGCCUUUUUCUACUGACAAAGUGGGUACGCCAAACACCUAAAGCCUGACCAGUAAUAUACACGCGCCAUAUUGCGGAAUUUAUACUAAACUGAACUGUCACCCUAUACAUGAGAAUAACAGCGCCCUCUUGACAAUGAUCAUAUAUUUCUGGUCAGGCUUUACUUACAACACCUGUACUUCUAGAUUAGCUUGGCCAUCCUGCUGUAUUCCGCGUCCUUGGUGCUCGGUCACGGCAUGGUGUUGAACCCGCCAGGCCGCGCAACCGCUUGGCGCUAUGGGUUCAAAACUCCACGCAACUAUGAUGACAAUGCCCUGAAUUGUGGAGGGGUAGGGACACAGUGGCUCCGCAAUGGGGGCAAAUGCGGACUCUGCGGCGACCCAUACAACGAGCCAACCCCUCGCCGUUACGAGUACAAGGGCAGAGACUAUCGCGGCGUCAUCGUCGCCAAAUACCUCCCCGGCUCCACCAUACAAACCACAACCAGACUCACCGCUUACCACAAAGGCUUUUGGGAGUUCCGACUGUGUACUGACCACACGAACAACACCCAAGAAUGUUUCGACAAGCUUCUAGAACUAGAGAGCGGUGGAACUAAAUAUUACCCUAUGAAAGGUAGCACUACGUACUUCGUGAACUACACGGUUCCUGCUCUGACGUGUGAGCAUUGCGUGUUGCAGUGGAGAUACGUAGCCGGGAAUAAUUGGGGGCGGUGCGCUGAUGGGAGUGGGAGACUGGGGUGUGGGCCGCAGGAAGAGUUCAGGGGGUGCUCUGAUGUAGCUAUCUUGCCUUAAGGCGAAGGGUAGGGCAAGCUCUUUCUUUCACUUAAUUUUUUUUUUUUUUGUAUUUUUUUUUUUUUUUUACGAAAGAAAAAAUUCUACAUCAAGUUCUGCGUAUAUCCAAUAUAUACAAGCAAAAAAUGAAAUGAAAUGCUAUAGAGCCAAAACUAACGAAUAAAACUUGCACAAGGUUUGUAUGAAGAAUGCUGCCCUUAACCUUUUGAACGCCAGACGACAAAGGAACAUGCCGUGCCCCGGACGCUGGCUAUCACGAUUAUUUAAGCGAAAUUGAACUUUACAGAGUCCCGCGUUAGUCGCUAUUGCAUUGGCGAAACUGUCGGCUGUAGCCGUCGUUGGCGUCCUUGGCAAGUCAUUCAGAUGUCGGCCAUAGCCGACGGUGGCGGUCAAAGGGUUAAGAUGCUGUGCACCGU